GAACGUGACUGAGCUGAAGAUCCUUCAGUUUCACUUGCGAGGAAAGUACGCGAUAGUGACGUUAAACUUUCAGUCAAAAAUAAAGUGAUAUAAAAAAAAAUAAAUAAAAAAAAUAAACGAGGGAAAGCGAAAAAUAAAGACAGGCGCAGACUACAGACGACCAAGAAUAACCUCUCACGAGUGACUCGGUUGAGCGUUUCUACCAUUAUUUUCUAGUCGUUGACCAUCGAACACGAAUCAGUUUCUAGAACUCUACCUUUUCAGAGAACCCUGUCAAUCGUCAGCUCAGAAAAAUUGCAUAGCCACAUCUGACAUGGGGAAAGUCGUUUUGGAAACCGUCUAUACUGAAGCCUCAAUUGCUUAUAUGGCCUGAAACUCCCCCAAUCUAUCUGGAAGCAACGAUUUGGAGACCAAUAAAAUUCUAACGACCUCAACUGCGCUGUCAUCUUUUUUCUAUUACUCAUGAGUCACCCCAGGAGGCGAUACGGGGAACCCAGACAACAACCGUUGUUCGAUGCCAUCCCAUCUACUGACACCGGCUCUGCAUUCGGCAUGGAUUCAUCAUCAACGGACAAUAACUUCAUCCCGCUAUCUUCUGCAGGAUAUACAACCAUGCGAUCGCAACCUGCGCAGCAUCAUCUUUACUCUUCGCCACCAUCGUACCUUCCCCAGCGCUAUACGACCACCAACCUAUCGCCGCCGGUUGAUCAGUAUCAUCUCGCCCGGUCUCCUCACACUUCGACCGCGGAAGCAAAUAUGGACCAGCUCUAUCUCGCAGACCAAUCUAUCCACCAAUAUUCACGAUCCGAUCUCGACCUUUCAUCCCAUCCGUCCCUAGAGAACCCCGGAUCUUUCGACGGCGUGCUCCCCACAUCCGGAGGUGCUGCUGCCUACUUUUCCCUCGCAGAGCAGUGGUACCCUCCUCUCCAGGCCCAAUCUCACCAUCAACCACCGUUCUAUAUCACCUCCGCCCCUGCAUCUUCCACCUCUUCGCCACCUCUCCCUACCUCACACCCCGCAUCGCUCUUCCCACACGGAACCCCGUGCCCGGCCUCUAGCUCCCAACUCUCGCCCCUACCCCGAGAACACCAUACCGCCGCCAGCGUCGCUAGCAUGACGGACGACGACGGCCACGAUACCCCGACCAGCCAGCCCAGCUCGCGGGACCUCUCUGAAUACGGCAUCCCCAAUGCCGACGGCAGCUGGCGAUGCGCGUAUCCAGGCUGCACCUCGCAGACCACCUUCCGUCGCGGCUGCGAUCUCCGAAAACACUACAACCGCCACCGGAAACACCUGUUCUGUCGGUACCCGGAGUGUGCGCAGUCCACGAGCGGCGGCUUCUCCAGCAAGAAGGACAGAGAUCGACACGAGGCUAAACACAACCCCGGGGUGCCGUGCGAAUGGCCCAACUGUCGCCGUAUGUUCAGUCGUGUCGAUAAUAUGAAAGAUCACGUUCGAAGGGUCCAUCGGAGACGAGAGUUUUGAUCCUUCCCUCUCCCCUUCUUUCAAAUCGCUGUUUGUUAUAUUAUCGUGGCUCAUGUUUUUGGGAUGGCAUACACGACGAGAUGGUUGUUAUCAGGCUAUUUCAUCUCCCCCCCCUUCCUUCCCCUUUGCUGUUUCCUUGGCUCUUGUUGCUUCAUUUCGCUCGCUCUAGGACAAAUCAUGUAUAUUAGAAAUAAACUUGCAAACGCAGGACGUGUAGGGAUUUCUAUCUUUUGUUGAUUUCUUUUCUUGGAACAAGCACUUUUUAUUCAAGAAACCGUGAUUCAUUCAUAUUUAAAGCCAUCAAUUUUUUUGGUUUGGAAAGAAGAAGAAAAAAAAAAAAAAGAAACGAAUUUCAUAUCGCUAGAAAACACAACACGCCUUCGUAAUCAUCCUGUGAGUAAACACCGAGCAGCAU